AUGGGUAAGCGUGCCUCAGGGGGCACACCACCAUCUGCAAAAGCACCGAAGCUCGACCUCGGGCCAUGGGUGAACAAAAUGAGAUUGGCUAUGCAGAACUUUGACCCCAUGAAGGAUCAGCACCCCUUGACGUGGCUGUUGGACAACACGUCUGACUCCACCUACCAGCCUUUACAUGACUGGAUUGCGCAUCUCCUUACCGGGACUGCCAGUGUUCGAAGACCAGAAGAAGUCCGUAUGCCCGAUGCUUCUAUGAAGACGCCCUUCAACAUCCCUUUGCUUAGUUUCCGCUUCCGGGCACCGCCCGAUGGACUUCCAGUCUAUGAGGACUUUGUGGGGAAUGCAAUGUCCAUUUGGAGCUUGGGGUAUGAAGCCUGGAGAGAGCCCAUCGAGAUGAAACCUCUCCGAAGGGAUGGUUUAGGAGCAUUGCUGGGGUUUGGAUCGGUAGAGGCCAGCAAAGGAAUUGGCCGAAUUGGGGUGUUGCUUUUCUCUGUGUGCUACACAUACACGGAGCUCUCCAAGUCCAUGACUGAUGAGGAUUACGCCGACUUCAAGAGGUGGCUGAUCACUGCAAUGGAGGUUGCCUCCGUGUUCAUACAGCAGGACCACGAGCAGGACUAUGUGUGGCGACGUGUCCAGAACUCUAUGGUGCAAUCGGAGAAACAAAGGAAAUCUUUGAUCCAGAUGACCCUCCUCUUUCAUCAGCGAGCAGGCCAGCUGCAAAAGGACUCGCCAGAUAUUGAGUACAGAAACUGCUUUAUCAUGGCAGUUGAUGAGUACAACGCGUAUGGGCUCAACGGAGCAACUGGCAAAUAUCGGAUAGAAAAGACCGUGGCCGCAGCCAUGUAUGGAUUCAAGGUGAUCGAGAAGCACCUUCAUGUGAACAAGUGGGAGCAAUCAGCCUUCAACCAGCAGAUGCUCUUGAACGCUCGCUGGCUGCUUGAAGGGAUUCCAAAAGGUGCACAAGAGUAUGGGCGUUGGUCUGACUUGUUGACCAUGACAGAGCCCAAACAGAUCUUGUUUCUGGAACGAGUACUCUUUGUGUUCGACGUCACGAAGAGGAAGGCUGGAAAAGCACAGGUGCUCCGCAUGUCACAAGAGACAUGGAACCAAGAAUGCGACGUAGCUUGUCUUAUGGGAUCGGUCAUUGAGGAGAUGGAGAGGUUUCGUGACAGCAAGAACGUCCUGUGCUUCCCAGCGGAGACCAUCAAGACUGUGCGAAACCACUUCAUUGAAGGGGACUACUACGAGGAGUUGAAGAAUCAGGUAAGUAUGCUGGACCCGUACUUCAAGCUGGAUCACUUGGCAGUCUGGAAUGAGCAUCUUCCUCAGCUGAAGGAAGAUGAAUCAACUCUUGUGAAGGCUGAUGGAGCUUUAGACAAAAUGCAUAGCGACCACAACCGACUUCUCUUCGAUGCUGACAGCCUCGCGCUUGCGAGGGACGCCACCCAGCUUGCCGGCCUCUACAGGCAGCAGGCCCAAGGCGAGCGCGCCCAGCGCCUGGCGAAGGUGGCGCAUCUCAAGCAACAAAAUGCGAUUGGGGGUUCCAUCUGUACGAAGUUCAUGGAAGAGAGAUCCAAGCACAUCGCUGGCCCUCUGAGUGACUUGAAAGACGCGAUUGGCAAGUACACUUCGAAGCUGGCAGCUGAUGGAACACCUAUGAUUUGCUGGUUGGACUUCAUGAAGUACGGCCGUGUCACGAAUGUAGACCUCAACAACCUAGUGGGGUUUGUUGCGCAGGCCCUGUCUGCCUUGCCUGAACGAGCAGUUGGAUUUGCCAUCGCUCCGCACCUGACCAGUGAGCGACGGUCAGGGCUGACAUCAGAGCUGAGGAGGAUUGAAGAUAAGCUCGAGGCAAAGGGCAUGAAGACCGAGACUGUAUUUCUGAGGUGCGAGAAUGCACCAUCUACGAAAAAGGUCCAAUUGGUAUUUCCGGCAUGGUGCAUCUUCGUCCACGGGAGCAUGGAAACGAAUGUGUGGGGUCAAUCGCAACUACUCCAGAGCAGGUCGACCCACGGCUUGCUACGAUUCGCACCGGAGAGUCAGUAUGUGGUGCCAAGUUCGAAGGACUCAUUGCCGUCAGCUGCUGAGGGGACAAGGGCUCUCAGCCCCCUGCAAGAGAGCGCUCAACUCCUGACCGGCGAAUCCUUGCCUUGUACUGUGAUCGAAUCCCUCCUGGCAGAGUCUUCGGUUGGUGAGAAGCUUGGAGUUCUGAAUUUGAGCGCCUAUGAGGGAAGCUUGGAACUUGCCACCAUGAAGUGGCACCUUGACCACCCCGAUCGCACCAUUACCUCGCUUUCUGUCUCAACAGAUAUGGGUCUGACAGCCUACACUGAGAAGACAGUGGCGUUGGCCGUGAUGGAGGAUUGGAAGGCUGGAGGCGAAUUGCUACCUGCCGACACACGGCCUUAUGAUCCCCGACCUCCGCCAGCUGAGUCCAUCGACAUCGACAAGUGCUCAUUGAAAAUGGCAUCGAUCACUGUCGAUGAUAAGUUGAAAGGCUGGGCCCGUUUCAAGGUCCACUUGAGCAAUGAGGUGAGGGCCAAGCAUCUUUCCGACCCAUUGUUCGCUCCAAAAUGGCGAGAACUCAUCCUUGAUUUCGAUUCCAAGUUUUGCGGAAGUGGGGUCGAGCCAUCAUCUGCCAUCGUGCCUGCAGAAGACACCGCAGCAGAAUCAGGGCCAGCUCCAUGGACCUCGGGCCCGUCCAGUCUUGAAGAGUUGUUGGACCAGUUUCUGGUGGAGAACAAGUUCCCAGGAAAGUUGCCUGGGACGACAUUAUACUUGACCCCAGCUGCUGAUCGUUCAGGGAAGGUGGAGGAAUGCGUACCAGGGCAAAAGUGGAAACUCUUCAUGGCUUGCCAUGAGGACUUGGAGAUCGAUGAGAAGGAAUGGCUCAUUGCCCAUGGGAAGUCUACCUUUAUGAAAGCCGACCGAGCGGCCAAGCUAAUCCGCGAGAAUACGGCAGGAGGUCAGCUGACCUGUUUGUGCUUUGACUCUGAUCCAAGUCUAAUUGCUUCAGUUGUUGGAUCCACAGUGGCUCAAAGUCUACUUGUGACAACUUGUGGGUGCCUCAGCAAUUUGGUUUGUUAUCAAAUUUAG